UUACCAAAAUAAAUUAUUACUCAUGAAUAACAAUGGACAUCCAAAAUCUGAUCGGAUAUGAUUUUAAUAUUCAACCCGAUUCUUACACAAAUAUGAGUAAAAUCCGAAGUAUUUUAAAUAUUGUAAAGAAUAGGAAUUCGCCCAACCCGUUUACCUACAUAAGUUCUAGUCCACUAUAAUGUCAAUCAGUUGGUUUAAUAAUAACAAAAUGACAAACACGUAAUUUGUUGAAAUUUUCCGGCAAUAUGAUGAAUAAAAGAAUGUUGCCGUCCUUCUGCACCAAAAUAAAGAAAGGAUGAAAAAAAUUAAUCAACGGAUUGACCUAAUAGUAGUAAUGAAUGGAUGAGUAAAAGAAAUUUAUCAACACAAACACAAGAUAAUUAAAUUUCAACAUUUAACAUAAUUACAAUGUACCUUUUAAGAGAGUAACCACGUGGUGGAUAUAUCAAUAUUUGGCUAGGGACUGGAGUUAUAUACUAAUACUACCGAGUCACGUUGGAUAAUGAUUAUGACAAGUAGGGAGGACUUCUGAUAACAAAAAGAGAGUCAGGGAAAUCAAUACUAACCAAAAAGUUAAAAGGACAAUUAAUGGGGGGGAAAAACACAACAACAAAGAUUUAGGAGGACAACAUCAUUUUCCACACUAUUAGCUCAUCAGCUCACACAAAAAGAAGUCAACAUAAACCACCAUAAAUCAAAUCACUUCCCAAGCUCUUGUUCAUAUCAGCAUUAUAAUAAUUGCAUACAUAUCUCCCCUACCUUUCUUGCUAAGAAGGAUUGUUCACUCACUCACUCUAUAGCUUUUGCUUUAACUGAACCCUGGUUUGCUUUUAAGCUUGAGAUCACUCUCUCUCUCUCUUUCAUUCCCUUCUUGUAUAUCAGAAAAUUCUCUUGUCACCUAACACCUUCUCUACCCUUCCUACCAUUUUGUUUCUUAGUUUGUUUACUUGUUCCUUUUUUUUUUUUUUUUUUUGCUAAGAGAGUGUCUGUGUGUUUGUUUGGUUUCUGUCAUUACUUCUUUUGUACUGUUUGUGGGUCUCUUCCUUGUUUUGCAGUCUGGCAAUAAUAUAUAGGACACCAUUUUGUUUUUGUUGUUGCUGUUGUUGUUUCUUUAAGUCAUAUCAUGUUAUCCCAUGUAGUCAUGUUUUCUUUUACCUGUUACUUCCACUGAAAGAUGUUUUCUUUCCACGGUUUCUGGGUUCCUUUCUCUAGUAAGACUUGAGAAGAGGCUCAAUUUUGAGGUCCUCUGUCCAAUUUUUUCUGGGUGAUAAAGAAGUGAGAAAAUGAGGGUGUUGCUUGUGGUGGACCUGGUGAUGGUGGUGGUGAUUUGGACAUUGUCGGUUCAUGGGUUCUCAGUUCUCGGAUCUGCAGCAAGAGUUGCAGGGUCAUCUGGUAGGUUGCUUCGCCAAGGGAAUGCAGUCCCACCGGGCCGACAUCAUUCAAUUCAAUCAGCUUCUGAUCCUAAACAUGGAAACCAGGGUUCUGUUCCUCCUCCAACUAAAGUAUCCCACACUGCAUUUUCCAUGUACAGAACACCCAGUGGGAAAGCUGCUCACUCACACACUUCAAUCCGGCCUCCGAGUAUAGCUAUUCCUCCUUCAUUGUUACAUUCUCCUUCCUCAGUCAGAAUGCACAGAAACAAUGAUAAAGGGGACCAAUUUAUCAGUCCCAAACCAUCUGUCUCCAUUCAUCCUUACUCUCAUAGUCACAUCUCUCCAUUAUCAUCACCCUCAUCAAUGAGCACAGGCUCUGUACCACCUGCAUUAGCCCCAAUGAACCCAGCAGCUGACCACUUUAACAUGCAUGUUUAUUCUCCUGCCACUUCCCCUUCCGGCUCUUUCUUGAAGAAGAUGAAGUCACCACCACCACCUACACCAAAGAUCUUUGCUCUGCCACCUCCACCUCCUAAUGAGGAUUGUGGAGUGGUGACAUGUACAGAACCAUUAACAUACACACCUCCAGGUUCACCAUGUGGAUGUGUGUGGCCAAUCCAAGUUGAACUCGGACUCGAUGUGGCUAUCUACAGUUUCUUUACUUUGGUCACAGAGUUGGCAGAAGAAAUUGCAGCUAGUGUUGGGCUGAAUCACAGCCAAGUUAGGAUCAUGGGAGCAAAUGCAGACAAUAAUCAGCAGCUGGAGAAAUCAACUGUUCUCAUCAAUCUUGUUCCUCGCGAAUCAAGAUUUGAUUAUGCUGCUGCUUUGUCCAUCUACAACAAAUUCUGGAACAAGCAAGUUCUCAUUAAAGAUUCUGUCUUUGGUGCCUAUGAGGUUUUAAAUGUCCACUAUCCAGGCCUUCCACCUUCUCCACCUUCCCCUACCAGCAUUUCAACUAUAUACGAUGGACCAUAUUCUGGCCGCAACCAUGGUGGGAUGGUGGUCAAGCCUCUGGGAGUAAACGUCCCAAGAAGGAAGAAAGAUGAGAUUGGUGGAGGCAUCAUAGCUAUCCUGAUAAUUUGUUCGCUCGCCGCCCUGGUUAUCUGCUUGGCAAUAGUUUGGUUCCUGGCGCUGAAAAGUAGAAAUUGCAUUACUCAUAAACCUCAAGAAUCAUCCAAUCAUGCCACAUUUCCCCCCUCUCCUAAAAAACCGCUAGGGACGGGAGGAGUUAAAGUAAUAGGAACCAUGGCGAGCUCUUCUGCAUACACAGGCUCUGCAAAGACCUUUACUUUGAGUGAAAUACAGAGAGCUACCAACAGUUUCAAUGCUUCUAGGAUUCUUGGAGAAGGUGGGUUUGGCCUGGUUUAUUGUGGGAAGCUGGAAAAUGGGAAGGAGGUUGCUGUGAAAGUGUUGAAGAGAGAUGAUCAUCAUGGCAGCAGGGAGUUUCUAGCAGAAGUCGAGAUGCUCAGCAGGCUGCAUCACAGAAAUCUUGUGAAGUUGAUUGGCAUUUGCUCCGAAGGCCAUACUCGUUGCCUUGUUUAUGAACUCGUCCCAAAUGGAAGCCUGGAAUCACACUUACAUGGGGCUGACAAGGGGUCUGAUCCCCUUGACUGGGAUGCAAGAAUGAAGAUUGCUCUUGGUGCAGCUCGGGCUCUAGCAUACUUGCACGAGGACUCCAGCCCUUGUGUCAUCCAUCGGGACUUCAAGGCUAGUAACAUCCUGUUGGAACGUGAUUUUACGCCCAAGGUUUCAGAUUUUGGCUUGGCUAGAACUGCCAUUGACGAGGGAAACAAGCACAUCUCCACACAUGUUAUGGGAACUUUCGGCUACCUGGCUCCUGAAUAUGCAAUGACUGGCCAUCUCCUAGUCAAGAGCGAUGUGUACAGCUAUGGUGUAGUCCUCCUUGAGCUCCUAACCGGUCGUAAACCGGUGGACUUAACUCAACCACCUGGUCAAGAAAAUCUCGUUGCUUAUGCACGUCCAUUGCUAACGAGCAGAGAAGGACUAGAAGCCAUUGUUGAUCCAGCUAUAACAAAGUCCAGUAGUGUCUCAUUUGACAUAAUUGCCAAAGUAGCAGCCAUUGCAUCCAUGUGUGUCCAGCCAGAGGUCUCGCAUCGGCCUUUCAUGGGCGAAGUAGUUCAGGCAUUGAAGCUUGUCUGCAAUGAGUUUGAUGAAGCAGCAGCAACAGAAGUUCAACAGCUUAAACAAGCUCCCAACCAUGAGAGCUUUCUGAUGGAAGGAGUUGAGAUGAAAAACAAAGGAGGACUGUCAAGUGAGCUUAUGGAUGUUGUUUUUUCGCAGUCUCAACGCCACCCUCCUCUUCCAUUGUCAUCGACUUCUGGUGAUCUGUUGUGUUCAAGUGUGGGAAUUGAAGAAGGGGCGGAUUCUGGUGUUCAUAGAAGGCAAUGUAGCUCUGGACCACUGAUAACAGGGAAGAAUAGACAGUUCUGGCAGAAGUUUAGAGGCAGCAGAAGUGAGCAUGGAUUUCUCCCAGUGAAGUUGUGGCCCAGGAACUAGCUUAAAAAACAACCAGACGGAACAUCUCAUGCAGAGAAAGUGGUACGAAAUAGGCAAGAGUUCAUUGUAUUUACAAAUUCUUUGAACUAGUAUUAUUCCGUCUCGAGCCAGUUUUUCCUUGAUUUGAUUGUUUUUUUGUUCAUGUCAGUGAUUAUGUUUAAAGUUCUUGAAACGGCCUGGAGUUGUACAGUUUCACUUGCCUCAUUCAGUUCCAAUCACAAAUCCUGGCAAACAGCUAGAUCGUAGUUAAAUCUAAGGAAUUAAUCGAAGGUGCAACAAAAGAAAAUGACUUUUCUUGU